GUUUGUGCCACGCUCGCGUCAAACUUCUUCGUGACGCUACGAGUUCUAAAACUUGUUUCAUAGAAAACAACAUUGGAAGUUGAUAACAUACUACAUCGUUUCAACGAACAUUAUAAGCCUCUGUUGUUAAAAGUGAUUAUCGUAUACAUUAUCAUUGUGUGUUAUUUGUUUUUUUUUUGUGAAACUGCAACGUGUUUGGUUCAACGGACUACGGAGGAGAGACACGUACCUAACAAAAAUGUCUUCGGACUUAUAGCUUCGCCAGUACUUUCAGUGUUUUAGUUAAGUGUUUGUGUUUUUUUUAAUAAUGCCUACCAAUGUGCGGACUAUGGAUGCGUUAUCCGUCGUGGUUCGGUGGUUCCUACUCCUGCUGAUCGGCGUGGGGUGGCAGGUUUAUUCCCAGACAGUGCAGACAUCUGUAGUGGACAAUUCGUAUAACUUUUACUAUGAACAGCCUUGCUGCACUGGAACUGUACCAAAGACCAAAUAUCACACGCGGCACAGGCGAGAUCAUGUACGGGAAUUUUCCUGUGGCACGCUGUACUACAGAACGUUCUUCGUUGACUCGAAGCGGGACGCACUAUACGUUGGCGCUAUGGAUCGGUUGUAUCGGCUCAACAUGAACAAUAUCAGCGCAUCACACUGUGAAAGGGAUUCGAUAAAUUUAGAACCGAGCAACGUCGCUCAAUGCGUGUCCAAAGGAAAGUCAGAGCACUUCGAUUGCCGCAAUCACGUGCGGGUGAUCCAGCCCAUGGGCGACGGAGCCAGGCUCUACGUGUGCGGGACCAACGCACACAGCCCCAAAGACUGGGUCUUAUAUUCGAAUCUCACCCACCUGCCACGCCACGAGUACGUGCCCGGCAUAGGGAUGGGCGUCGCGAAGUGCCCGUACGAUCCGGCGGAUAAUUCUACAGCCCUGUGGGUCGAGAGAGGCAACCCUGGCUCACUGCCCGCUUUAUACUCCGGCACCAACGCAGAGUUUACGAAGGCAGAUACAGUUAUCUUCAGAACGGACUUGCAUAACCUGACCACGGGAAGAAGAGAGUUCUCGUUCAAGCGAACUUUGAAAUACGACUCCAAGUGGCUUGACAAACCAAACUUCGUCGGGUCUUUCGAUGUCGGAGAGUACGUCCUCUUCUUCUUCCGGGAGACGGCGGUGGAGUACAUAAACUGCGGCAAGGCGGUCUACUCGCGGGUGGCGAGGGUCUGCAAGCGGGACACCGGCGGAAAGAACAUCCUCAGCCAGAACUGGGCCACGUACCUAAAGGCCAGGCUCAACUGCAGCAUACCCGGGGAGUUCCCGUUCUACUUCAACGAGAUACAAAGCAUUUACAAAGUGCCUGGUGACGACAGCCGCUUCUACGGCGUUUUCACGACCGCCUCCACCGGCCUCAUGGGCUCCGCAAUCUGCACUUUCACCAUCGGGGACAUUCAGAAGGCGUUCGAGGGGAAGUUCAAGGAGCAAGCCACGUCCAGCUCGGCCUGGCUGCCAGUCAUCAGCAGCAAGGUGCCGGAACCAAGACCAGGAACCUGUGUGAACGAUACCUCGUCUCUUCCGGACACGGUCCUGAAUUUCAUACGAUCCCACCCGCUGAUGGACAGCGCUGUGUCACACGAGAACGAGAAACCCAUCUACUACAAGCGGGACCUGUUCUUCACCAGGCUGGUGGUGGACCGCGUCAAAGUCGACAUGCUCGGACACCAGCUGGACUACACCGUCUACUACGCCGGCACUAAUGAAGGCAAGAUACACAAAAUAGUCCAGUGGACACGCAACGGAGACAGCCAAUCAGCUCUUCUUGAUAUAUUUGACGUCACUCCUGGAGAACCUAUUCAGGCGAUGGCUCUGUCCCGCAAGCAUGGGUCUCUGUACGCGGCGUCAGAUAGGCGCGUGCUGCAACUCAGACUUGCAUUGUGCGCGCGCCGGUAUGACGCAUGUGUGAGGUGCGCGCGCGAUCCCUACUGUGGGUGGGACCGCGAUGCAGGAGUCUGCAGGGAAUACGUGCCGGGGUUAAUACAAGACGUGGCGAAUGAGACAGCGGAUAUCUGCGACUCUUCCAUUGCUCGUAAGGCAGUCUCCGCGACCUGGGGGCAGAGCCUCCACCUAGGCAGCUUUGUGAAGAUGCCGGAAGUGCUUCACCCAAGAGCAGUGACGUGGUACCACUACUCUAGAGAGAAAGGCCGGCAUCCUAUCACUUUCAAUAAACCAGAAAAAUACAUAGAGACAUCCGAACAUGGUCUACUAAUAAUAUCUGUGAACGAGGGUGACGCUGGUCGAUAUGACUGUUGGUUAGGAGGAUCGCUUCUUUGCUCAUACAAUAUCACCGUUGAUACCCAUAGAUGUUUACCACCAGAGAAAAGUAAUGAAUAUCAGAAAAUAUAUUCCAAUUGGUGCCACGAAUUCGAAAAGUAUAAAAGUGCAAUGAAAACAUGGGAGAGGAAACAGGAGCAGUGCGCGCGGCAGAAUGACUCCAAUCAGAACACCCAUCCAAAUGAGAUUGUGUGAUAGCUUCUGAAUAUCGCCUAUCUCAUGUUUCAGUCUGUCAACUACUACGCCGGUUCAAUACCGGUACCGUACGUCUCAGCCGGCCUCAAAUACUUCAAUAUAUUUUCGUGAGUCCGCCGCCAAAUACCCAGAACUCAAUAACCUCAUUCAACAGUGACAAGCUCAAUUUGUGUAUGUACUUAAAUCAGUGACACCCUCUAGCUACGAAUAGUUAAAAGUGUAGUGGUAUGCAGUGAUUAGUUCCGACCACACUGGGAUCAUGAGAAGGUGAUUUGACACUCGAAAUUUUAAUAGACACUUUAUUAAAAUUCAAUGGAUCGAUAGUUAUCGGCGUUGUGCGUUGCUUUGUUGGAUAUGGAAUGGAAUGUAUAAAGAUUGGGAAAUUGGUAUUCUCAAAUUUGUAAGUACGCUUUGAUCGUUGGAUAAGGG